AUGGGUUUCGCCAGGUUCCGAUCUACCUUCCGGAGGUCUUCGACCCAGGAGAUUGUCACCCCAAGAGAUCUUGCUACUGAGACUGUCGUUCCAGCCAAUGCCAGUGAUGGAAACCCGGAGGCUCCCACCGAAGACACCCAGCGUGGUGUUCGAGAUGUCGAAGCCAUCACUUUGAGCUGGUCGAAGACCAUGCUGAUUGCGGUCUUUGUCAACAUCUGGUUCCUCUACUUCGUCAAUGCAAUGCAAUCCUCGAUUAAUUACAGCUUGAUGUCCUAUGUCACCAGUGACUUCGAAAGCCACUCGCUGCUGAACGUCAUUUACAUUGUUGCAGACGCCAUGACAGCCGCAGUGUACAUCCCCACUGCCAAGGUCAUGGACGUCUGGGGCCGUGCUGAAGGUUAUCUGUGCAUGACCGUUUUCGCGACUCUCGGUCUGAUUAUCAUGGCUGCAUGCCACAACCUUCCUACGUUCUGCGCCGCGUACGUCUUCUACAGCAUCGGUUUUGGAGGCAUGACAUACUGUGUUGAUGUGAUCACGGCCGAUAUCUCUACGUUGAAGAACCGAGGUUUGGCGUUCGCCUUCACCUCCUCUCCAUACAUUAUCACUGCCUUUGCCGGCCCGAAGGCAGCUGAAAGCUUCUAUGAAAAGAUCAGCUGGCGGUGGGGUUUUGGUUGCUUUGCCAUCAUCUUUCCCAUCGUGGCUGCUCCUCUCUUCUUUAUUUUAAAGAUUAACCUCCGCAAGGCCAAGAUUGGGGGUCUCUUGCACAAUGAACCUACCGGCCGGACCGUGCUCCAGAGCAUCUGGCAUUAUACCAAGGAGUUCGAUGCCUUUGGUGUUAUCGUCUUCUCGGUCGGCCUCACGGUCUUCCUUCUUCCAUUCACCAUCGCUGCUAGCGCUCCCAAUGGCUGGGGCUCUGGCUAUAUUAUUGCCAUGAUUGUAGUUGGAUUUGUUAUGCUUAUUGUCUUCUUGGUUUGGGAAGUCGUCUUUGCACCUACUCCGAUGUUCGACUUCAGUCUACUGACAGAUCGGACUGUCAUUGGCGCAUGUUUGCUUGACGCGACAUACCAACUCUCCUACUACUGCUGGAACAAUUAUUAUACUUCCUUCUUGCAGGCGGUGAAUGACCUUUCUAUCUCCGAGGCCGGAUACGUCAGCAACACUUUUGACGUUGUCUCCGGCGUUCUUCUACUCGGAGUCGGUUUCCUCAUUCGCAGGACUGGCCGUUUCAAGUGGCUUCUCUACAUUGCCGUUCCUCUCUACAUCUUUGCUCAGGGUCUCAUGAUCUAUUUCCGCCGCCCCAACCAGUCAGUCGGUUAUCUUGUUAUGUGUCAGAUAUUUAUUUCUAUUGGCGGAUCCGUCUUCAUUAUUGUUGAGCAGCUCUCUAUCUUGGCUGCUGUUGACCAUCAGCACGUUGCUACUGUGCUUGCCCUGCUGAACGUUGUUGGCACUGUCGGUGAUGCCGCUGGUUCCACUAUCUGUGGUGCCAUCUGGACCAACACCUUCUACAAAGCCUUGCAAACCAGGCUCCCGGAUUCUGCUAUGGACAACAUCGAUCUGAUCUACGAGGACCUUUCCACCCAACUGAGCUACCCUGUCGGAUCUGCUACCAGACUGGCAAUCCAGUCCGCCUAUGGUUAUUCCCAGACAAGAAUGCUUGCUGCUGGAACUGGUUUGAUGGGUCUUUGCAUUUUCUGGACCUUGAUGAUCAGAAACAUUGACCUGAACAAGGUCAAGCAGACCAAGGGUGUUGUGUUCUAA